AUGAGCACGUUUGGUUAUGAAGAAACAUUAACGAUAAAGAGUCAAAAGGUUAGACCUACAAUGGAAUGUGCAAAUAAGAAUUAUAUGAAAGUUCAUACUUACUCCAUGAAAUUUCGUUUCGCCUGCAUUUUCAACACUUCAGCAAUCUCAUUGGAAUGCUCAUUGAAAAUUAAUCUCUCCCGAUGUGGCAAUAAGGGUGGAAAACGCAUUUUUGAUGGUAGAUUUAGCCUAAAAGCUGACAAGGUGCCACCCGGUUUCCCAACGAUUUCACCGCCGUCAUCCACUAUGGUGGUUGAAGUGGGUCACACCGCGACGUUGCCGUGCCAAGCAAGUGGGAACCCCUCGCCACGGGUGCGCUGGCUCUGGAACUCUCUGCCCCUCGACGUGGCCUCUAACCCAAGAUAUGCGCUCCUCAAUGAUAAAAUGCAUGGCACCCUGCAAAUUGUGAAGAGCGAGGAGGAAGAUCAAGGGAAGUUUGAGUGUGUCGCCGAAAACGCCAUCGGCACUGAGUUCUCCAAGCCCACUUCUUUGUAUGUUAAAGUACGAAGAGUGGCGCCCCAGUUCUCGAUCCCGCCGCCCCCGCGCACUGAGGUGAUGCUAGGCGGCAACCUCACCCUCAAAUGUGUGGCCUUUGGAUCCCCGAUGCCCACUGUAAAAUGGCGAAAAGGUUUAACAAAAUGGCUGACACCCGAAGACAAUACGCCUCUGGGACUAAACGCACUGAAACUGGAGGAUAUAAGGGAAUCCGCAAACUACACGUGCGAAGCAGCUAGCGUGCUCGGCGUUAUCGAGACGACGGCCGAAGUUAAAGUACAAUCUCUGCCUGGACCGCCGAGUGAAGUGCGGGCGUCAGAAAUAACGGCCACCACAGUGAGAUUAGCUUGGACGUAUACCGGCCCUGAGGAGCCCCAGUAUUAUGUCAUCCAGUACAAACCUAAAUAUGCCAACCAGGCAUUCAGCGAGAUAUCGGGUGUUAUAACGCAGUACUACUCAGUGACGAACCUAUCGCCGUACACAGAGUAUGAAAUGUACGUGAUAGCUGUCAACAACAUUGGUAGGGGACCGCCUUCCGCGCCAGCCGUCAUAACUACAGGAGAAACUGUGGAUUCUCUUUAUGGAGGUGCUAAACCUGGGUCAGCGCCUCGGAACGUCCAAGUUCGUCCACUAAGCUCCAGCACGAUGGUCAUACAAUGGGAUGAGCCUGAAACACCUAAUGGUCAAGUGACGGGAUACAAAAUUUAUUACACCUCAGAUCCGUCGCAAAGCUUACAAUCUUGGCAUUCGCAAAUGAUGGAUAACAACCACCUAACAACGAUCAGUGAGUUGACCCCGCACACGGUUUACACGAUACGCGUGCAAGCCUUCACGUCGGUGGGCCCCGGGCCUAUAUCCGCACCCGUGCAAGUCAAGACGCAGCAAGGGGUUCCAUCUCAACCAUCAAACUUAGUAGCUGUCGAAGCAGGAGAAACAUCAGUCACCCUAUCAUGGAGGAGGCCCACACACGCCGGAGAUAACAUCGUCUCUUACGAGCUAUACUGGAACGAUACUUAUGCGAAACAACAUCACAGAAAACGGAUACCAAUAACGGAGACGUACACAUUGAACGGAUUGUACCCGAACACCCUGUACUACAUCUGGCUAGCGGCUCGAUCUCAACGCGGCGAAGGAGCAACCACCCCGCCUAUAGCGGUCCGAACGAAACAAUACGUUCCCGGAGCACCACCGAUGAAUGUGACGGCUGUGGCUGUGUCGCCGACGGCUAUACGGGUAUCGUGGCAGCCUCCACCGGCGGAGCAGGCGGGAGGGAGGAUCGCCUACUACAAACUACUUUGCGUCGAGUCGGGGCGGGGGGAUUCCGAGGCCACAGUGGUCAAACUCAACCAGACCACCUUCGUGCUCGACGAGCUACGGCGAUGGACCGAGUACCGCAUAUGGGUACUAGCAGGCACCAGCGUCGGGGACGGUCCCGCCUCCUACCCCGUCACAGUCCGCACACACGAAGACGUGCCGGGCGAGCCCCAAGAGGUGAAGGUGACCGCCAUCAACUCGACGUCAAUUCAUGUCACGUGGAAACCGCCUCAAGAAAAAGAGAAAAAUGGAAUUAUUAGAGGCUAUCACGUUCAUGUCCAAGAACUCAGGGAAGAGGGUAAGGGUCUACUUAACGAUCCAAUGCGUUUCAACGUGAUGGACGAUACGACACUCGAGUUGAAUGUGUCCGGACUUCAACCGGACACCCGGUACAGUGUUCAAGUAGCGGCUCUCACGAGAAAGGGCGAUGGAGAUAGAAGCCCUCCAGUUUCUGUAAAAACGCCCGGUGGCGUGCCGAAUAGACCAACUGUAAAUUUGAAAAUCUUGGAACGCGAUCCCAUUGUAUCAAUAGAAAUUGAAUGGGCAAAACCAACUCAAACUUAUGGCGACUUACUUGGAUAUAGGUUGAGAUAUGGUAUUAAAGAUCAACCCCUAGAAGAAGUUAAUUUUUCUGGAACAAAAGUUACCUCGCAUAAAAUUAAUGACUUAGAGAGAGGCGUACAAUAUGAAGCUCGUGUGGCUGGGAGAAAUCAGAUAGGCAUUGGGCAAGAAGCCAUUAAAUAUUGGAUAACACCCGAAGGAGCUCCAAAAGGCCCACCUACAAAUGUUACAUAUCACUUCCAAACACCUGACAUUAUCAGUGUCACUUGGGAGCCUCCCGUACGAGCCGAUCGCAGCGGUCAGAUUAAGAAAUAUGACGUCCAAUUUUUCAAAAGAGGAGACCAAUCUUCUCACAUUGAUAAAACUACAGAGUUGACAAAAGCAGUGUUCACUGGCUUAGAAGAAGAUGCUCAUUAUGUGUUCAAAAUUCGGGCUUAUACAGAUCAAGGGCCGGGCCCAUACAGCAAGGAUAUAACCGCUCACACAGAAAGGGAUAUUGGUCGAGCUCCCAUGUCAGUGAAAGCUGUCGCUACAUCGGAAUCAGGGGUAGAAGUAUGGUGGGAAACAGUGCCAUCAAGGAAAAAGAUAAUAGGUUACGUUAUAUUUUAUACAAUGACUCCUGUAGACGAUUUGGACGAAUGGCAGCAAAUUAACGUUCACGUAACACAUUCUGCAAACUUAGAAAAUUUAGAUAAAUUCGCGGAAUACACUAUUGCCGUGGCAGCUAAAACAGCCGAAGGAUUAGGAAGGCUAUCAGAAAAGGUUACUGUUAAAGUAAAGCCCGAAGAAGUGCCUUUACAUCUUAGAGCUCAAGAUGUAUCCACCCACUCCAUGACCCUGUCAUGGUCUCCCCCGUUACGCUUAAACCCAGUUAGCUAUAAGAUAUCGUACAAUGCCAUUAAAGAAUUCGUCGAUUCACUCGGAAUGACGCAAACUCAAGAAAUUCCUAAAAAAGAAAUAAUAGUUAAACACGAUAGAAAUUCAUAUUCUAUAAAUGAUUUAUCUCCUUUCACUACGUAUAAUGUUAAUAUAAGUGCCAUACCUAAUGAUAAUUCCUAUAGACCGCCUACUACGAUUUUUGUAACCACCCAAAUGGCUGCUCCUAAGCCGAUGGUUAAACCGGACUUUUACGGUGUUGUUGAAAAUGAAAUACUCGUUAUACUACCUCAAGCUUCCGAAGAAUAUGGACCUAUUUCACAUUAUUAUCUAGUUGUAGUUCCUGAUGACAAAGCACAUAAUCAUAAAAACCCCGACCAGUUUUUGACAGAUGAUUUAAUAAAAAAUAACGCUCGAACAGAUGACGAAAAUGCGCCAUACAUAGCUGCUAAGUUUUUACAAAGAAAUAUUCUUUACACGUUUCAUCUUGGUAACGAUGAAAUGUAUGAAGGUUUUCUCAACAGAAAAUUAAAUCUGAAUAAAAAGUAUAGAGUGUUUGUAAGAGCCGUCGUGGAUACUCCUCAAAAGCAUUUAUAUACAUCGAGUCCCUUUUCGGAAUAUUUGUCGUUAGAUAUGCGAGAAGCCCCACCAGGUGAAGAGCCUAGUAGACCUGACCCUAAAGAUAUUAAUGGAGAUCCCGAAAUCAGGAUAGAAGAAAACAGAAAAGAGGCUGGUAUGCUAUGGGUUGUUGGACCUAUCAUAGCGGCAUUGAUGCUUUCUUUAUGCUUUGUAUUUCUAUUCAUCGUCAAAAGAAGAAGACAACCUUGCAAAACUCCUGAUCAAGCAGCAGUCACACGUCCUCUUAUGUCGGCUGAUAUUGGUUUUGGAGCACCCUCUGAUCCGGUAGAAAUGCGACGUUUGAACUUCCAAACUCCUGCUAUGAUUUCUCACCCGCCAAUACCGAUAUCGGAGCUCGGCGAACAUAUAGACAGGCUAAAAGCAAGUGAUAACCUCAAAUUUUCUCAAGAAUACGAAAGUAUAGAACCUGGUCAACAGUUCACAUGGGAUCAUUCUAACAUGGAAGUCAACAAGCCAAAGAACCGCUACGCUAACGUUAUAGCGUACGACCACAGUCGUGUUAUUCUACAGCCUAUUGAUGGAAUAUUAGGAAGUGACUACAUAAAUGCCAACUAUUGCGAUGGAUAUCGUAAACAUAAUGCCUACGUCGCAACUCAAGGGCCGUUGCAGGAAACGUUCGCUGAUUUCUGGAGAAUGUGUUGGGAACUGCGAACGUCUACAAUAGUUAUGAUGACGAAGUUAGAAGAAAGGACGCGUAUCAAAUGUGAUCAAUACUGGCCAAGUAGGGGAAGCGAGUCGUACGGCAUGAUGACGGUUGCCAUCACAGAAGUUCAAGAACUCGCUACAUAUUGUAUCAGAACAUUCCAUGUAACACGAAAUGGUGGCGCAGAGCGUCGUGAGAUCAAACAACUUCAGUUCACUGCCUGGCCUGACCAUGGAGUGCCAGAUCAUCCUGCUCCGUUCUUACAAUUCCUACGACGAGUUCGCGCGUUGAAUCCACCUGAUGCUGGUCCACUAGUGGUACAUUGUUCGGCCGGCGUUGGACGAACUGGUUGCUUCAUAGUAAUCGAUUCGAUGCUAGAAAGAGCCAGACAUGAACGUACAGUAGAUAUUUACGGUCACGUAACUUGUUUGAGAGCACAACGUAAUUACAUGGUACAGACCGAAGAUCAGUAUAUCUUUAUCCACGAUGCUCUGCUCGAAGCCGUUAUAUGCGGCGAUACAGAAGUCCCCGCGCGCAAUUUACACCCCCACAUACAAAAACUGAUGCGUAUCGAUACAAUCGAGAACAUAACUGGCAUGGAGUUGGAAUUUAAGAAGCUCGCUAACAUGAAGGCAGAUUCUAGCCGUUUCGUGUCCGCUAGCUUGCCGUGCAAUAAACAUAAGAAUAGACUAGUGCAUAUCUUGCCAUACGAGUCGACCAGAGUCUGUUUGACCCCACGAGAUGGAUCCGAUUAUAUCAACGCAUCAUUUGUUGACGGGUAUAAAUACCGUGCGGCUUACAUCGCCACUCAGGGACCUUUGCCCGAUACGACUGAUGAUUUCUGGCGAAUGCUGUGGGAACAUAACUCUACUAUAAUAGUUAUGUUAACUAAAUUAAAGGAAAUGGGAAGAGAAAAGUGUCACCAAUAUUGGCCUUCGGAUCGUUCUGUCCGCUAUCAAUGUUUCGUUGUUGAUCCCAUCGCUGAGUACAACAUGCCUCAGUAUAUCUUGAGGGAAUUCAAGAUGACAGACGCCCGCGACGGUGCAUCGAGGACGGUCCGCCAGUUCCAGUUCACGGACUGGCCGGAACAGGGCGUGCCGAAGAGCGGCGACGGGUUCAUUGACUUCCUUGGACAGGUUCACAAAACAAAGGAGCAGUUUGGGCAGGAUGGACCUAUCACUGUACACUGCAGUGCGGGCGUCGGUCGCACGGGCGUAUUCAUAACGCUGUCGACGGUGCUCGAGCGCAUGCAGUACGAGGGCGUGGUGGACGUGUUCCAGACUGUUCGCACGCUGCGCACGCAACGCCCCGCCAUGGUGCAAACUGAGGACCAGUACGAAUUCUGCUACCGCGCUGCGCUGGAAUACCUCGGCUCGUUCGAUCACUACGUCAAC